UGUGGUGCUAUUGCUAUUUUAAAUUUUCAUAGAAUGAAUAAAAAUGUAUUCUGUCAUUCUGUGCUAUUUUACUAAUUCUACUAUUCUAGAUUUAAGAUCUUUCGAUUAACAUUUCGGACUUCUGGCACUGCGGCAUAUUUUAAAUUUUUAUAGGAUAUUAGUAUACUACCUAGUACCAACUCUAAAUUAAUAACUCGAAUUUUAGUUCUUCUUGUUCAUGCUUUCAGAAUUUAACGAAUUGGGUCAAGAGUAAAGUAUUAUUCUAGCACACUGAUUUUGAACGUGUGAAUAGUUCCAUAAAGUAAGUAAUACUUAAACCAUGUAAAUGGCUGAACGACUAGAACUUCAAAAUCUAGUAAUCGAGACGGAUACACCAUCGACAAGUUCGCCAGUAACGCCAAAUGUCACGACGUCUCCGAAAAAUCAAAUAAAAAUUCUCGGAUUAUUGUUGGCUGCCAUAUCAUCCUUAUUUUUCUCUCUGUCUUCAUUAAUAGUCAAAUGGCUCAAAGACAUGGAUCCAUUAGAAUUAGCCGCCAUUCGUUUUGUUGGAAUACUACUUCCCUCACUACCCAUACUAAUCUACAGUAAACAGAAUCCAUUUCCCAAAGGCCAACGACUCAUGUUACUACUUCGUGCAUUUUCUGGGGCCACUGCUUUGUCUCUCACUUUCUACGCCAUCAGACACAUGCCCUUAGCUGAUGCUUCAGUAAUUGUAUUCAGCGUGCCUGUUAUAGUCGCAAUAUUUGCUAGAAUAUUUCUCAAGGAACCAUGUGGACUAUUUCACUACUUAACAUUAUUCUUAACAAUGAUUGGAGUCUUGUUGAUCACAAGACCUCCUUUCUUAUUUGGGCAUUCAACCAAACAAUACAAUUUUUUAGGUCCAUUAGCUGCUUUGCUUUCGACAUUUUUUGCAGCUAUUGUUUAUAUACUACUAAGAGCUUUGAAGAACUUACAUUUCAGUGUUAUCAUGGUAACGUUUGCUGCUUAUUCUAUCAUUCAAACAUCUACCAUGGCUUGGGCUACAGGAAACAUGUGUUGGCCAAAAUGCGGUACUGAGAAAAUUUUAGUAAUCGCUUUGGGUGUAUUCAGUUUCUCUGGACAAAUAUUAUUAACCAUUGCAGUCCAACUCGAGGAAGCAGGAUUGGUGGCUAUUGCGAGGACUGUUGAUGUGGUGUUUGCUUUUGUGUGGCAGAUAAUAUUUUUCAACGAGGUACCUAAUAUUUUCAGUAUUAUAGGUGCUGUGUUGGUGACUUCAUCAGUUAUACUAAUUGGCCUUAGAAAGUGGAUGAUGUCCAUGCCAUCUACAUCUAGCAUCAGAAAAAAAUUUGGAUUUCUAUUUUUAUGACAGCCACAUUUCUUUUAUUAAUUAUUAAACUAUUGAUCAGCCUAGCAUCAGUUAUACGAUAAAUUAAAAUAAUUGAAUCACUUAAUGUUUAUUAAAUAUAUAUUAUAAAGUAUUAAAAUUUGAUGAAAAUCAAAUGAACAUAAUUUAAUCAGCUCAAUCUUAG